UUUGUGCAGUGGCGCUUGCCUGCAGAAUACCUGAAUUUCAUAAUAUCUGGCCAAGGAUAGAAACAGAGCAAGGCUGCUUUAAAAAAUUCGGUUAGUCAAACGUCUUCUUAGACCUUUCAUCUUCGGUACAAUGAGAGACAGCCAUGCAUGAGCCACCCCAAACCAUCACUAGGACGUUCCCUUCCCUUAUAAAUAAGUCUCAGUUCCACAGCAACUUCCUCCAAACAAAAACAUGGGUUCCCCUGCAAACCAAAUUAGCUAUGAUAACAAGCCCUCCUUUGACGAAGAAGAUGGAGGAGUCGAAUAUGCAGGCGCAUUGGUCAGCUCUUUCAUCUUCCAAAUGGCGUUUAAUACAUGCAUAGAGCUCGACGUGCUUGAGAUCAUUAACAAAGCAGGCCCAGGCGCCCAACUCUCGCCCCACGCCAUCGCUGCUCAGCUUCCAAUUCGAAAUAAUAAUCCAGACCAUGCGCCUGCUGUUUUGUUGGACCGCAUGUUGUAUCUGCUUGCUAGCUACAAUAUACUCAGUUGCUCUGUGGAGACCCUCGAAGAUGGAGGAAGAGUUCAGAGACGUUACGGUCUCACUUCUGCUGGGAGCUGCUUUGUAAGAAGCGAGGUGAGAGGAUCCAUGGCUCCCUUUUCUCUCCUCACUCGUCACCAGACUAUUACGGACAUGCGGUUUCACUUGAAGGAUGCAGUGCUUGAAGGUGGGUACGCAUUUGAGAAAGCUCAUGGAAUGUCAGUCUACAAGUACAACGAGAAAGAUCCUAUAUUUGGAGAGGCUUUCAAUUUCUCCAUGAGUCAAUACUCCAUCCUUGUGGUCAAACAAAUUCUCAAGAAAUACAUGGGUUUUGAGGGCUUGUCAACGUUUGUAGAUGUUGGUGGUGGAAUAGGAGGGACCCUAAACUUGAUCAUCUCCAAGUACCCUUCCAUAAAAGGCAUUAACUUUGAUGUCCCUGAAGUAUUACGCAAUGCGCCAUAUCUUAAUGGCAUAGAACAUGUCGGAGGAGAUAUGUUCAAAGAAGUCCCAAAGGGAGAUGCCAUAUUGUUGAAGCUUGUUCUUCACAAUUGGGACGAUGAGCAAUGCCUGAAAAUACUGCAAAAUUGCUACAAGGCCCUACCGGAAACCGGAAAGGUAAUUAUCAUCGAUCCAGUGUUGCCUGUAGCCCCAGAGGCAACCAACUUCUGCAAGUUUGCAACACAAAGUGACCAUAUAGUGUUCAAUUUGCUUGGAGCUGGAAAGGAGAGAACAGAGCCUGAGUUCAGGGAAUUGGCAACUGCAGCUGGAUUUUCAGACUUCCGAAUUGCAUGCUGUGUUUGUGCCUAUUUGGUCAUGGAGCUCCACAAAUAAUAAUAAAUAGUGUUUUUUUUUUUUUAAUGGUUUUUGGUCUUCAAUGUGUGUGAAAUGGUACAUCUCGGAGAGGGAAUUACCAAAGUCAGUUAAUUUGAUUCGUGUUGUUGUGUAACAUGUGUCUGAAACGAAAAUAAUGUAAGGCAUGCAUGAAGAGGUUAUUUUUUGAAAGGGCAAAUAAAGAUCAAGGACAGGUCAUAUAUACCUUUAAAACCUCAAUUACAAUAAUGAUUGAUAUAUUAUUUAAAUUAAUAAAAAAAGCAUAAAUAUAUUCUGAGUC